GUGGUGGCGGCACAUGCUGGAACUCUGAACAGGGACGCAGGGAGAAGUGCUCACCCCAGUGGACACCUGUGCUUCCUUGCAUGUCCAGGAGAGGGAGCCUAGGAAGUCACCUUCCCAAGGUGAGGGGACUCUGAGAAUGGUGCUGCUUCUGGGCCCCAUGAGGCAGAUGUCUGGCUGCUACAUUUCCCCCUCGGUCACCUUUCCCUUUCCACAGCCAGGCCUCUGUGUUUCAGGUCCUGCCCUGGACUGGUGCCUGUGCUAAGGUGGGAAUGGAGGGAGGGCCUUGGGGAGCCCCUCAUGCCAGUGGGGGAUUGGGACAGGAGGGAGCAUGGUGUACUAAUUGCAGCCUCAGAAGGCAUGUGUCCUAGAGGCCACCAUGGGGCAAGGCCUUUCCCUGAGCACUGGUUCCCCACACUGCUGAAAACAAGUGUGCUUCCUGCACAUGUCCCUGCCCCCAGAGGAGAGGUCAGUUGUGGAGAAUGUAACAGCACAUGACUUCUCCUGGGCAACGCAGGUGGGGGAAAGACCUGGGUGAGCUCAGCCCCAUGGACUCCUCACAACUGGAGCUGGGCUGCCCUGGCAGGGUCACAUUGCCCCAGUGUCCUGUGCUGAAAUCCUGAGGUGCCUGGGAGAGCAGAGGCUGGGUAGGAGCAGCCGCCCUGGCAGCUGCAGAGGGACAUGCAGCCCUCAGAAGGCCAAGAGGGCAGAAGCUGUCUUCACACCCUGCACCUGUGUCCAAGAGGAGGCCCGAGGACAAGCACAGGCCCUCUCGCUCACUUCAGGAGCCAACGGGCAGCUUCUGGUGGGAGGACUGACCAGCUCCUGGCACAUGCCAUCCUUGUUAGGACGAGGCUGCCAAGGAUGCAGAGGCCACUGUCCCAGAAAGGUGUUGCUGUGUGCAUCGGGGACCUUACAUGGACAGAGAGCCAGCGUCUCUGCCGCAGAGCUUUCUGCUUGAGAAGUCGGCCAUGGGGAGUGUGAAUGAGGAGCAUGUUACAACCAGUGAGCAGCAAGGGCCCUGUGGGCAGGGAGGGAAUGGCCUCUCUGGAAGAGGUGACAUUUAAGCUGAAACUGGGAUGACAUGACAGAAGGCCCCAGAUGCUCAGGUGAGCAGAAGCUCUGAGCUGGAAUUGCUUAGGUCAUGGUAAGCAUUGAUUUCUCCUUAAGGACAAUGAGAAAUUGGUGACAGAUUCCAAGCAGAGGAAUAAUGUGUUAUGUGAUCUGAUUACACACUUAGGAGAUGUUCUGGGACCGUGUGGACCAUGGAGGUGUUUCUGGGAGCUGGGAGGCCACACAGCAGUGCUCCCAGGUUGCUGAGGUGCCAGCAUGCACUGUUAUGCCUGGCUGUGCACACUCGUUUUGGGGCAGCUUGUUACACAGUAACAACUGGCUGAAACAAAUGGAAAUACCCAGAAGGGAAAGGUAAGAUGGAUGAUGGUACAGCAUCUGAGAGGGCUUGUCCUCAGGGAGCGGGGGACUUUUUUUGAAGAGCUGCAGUGAUUCUGUGGAAUGGUGUUGUGUCUACUGCUACUUAAACCUCAGGACAGCAGUGGAGGUGGUCCCACCCCUUCUGAUGGUUGGGACCACCAGUGCUGAGUUGGGGGCUCACACUGAGCCGGGGGCUCACACAGAAUAGGAGCCCCUGUUUUGAAGGCUGUUACAUGCAGUGGGUGUCCAGGGCCCAGUCUUGUAUAAGGCCUGAGUCCCAACCUUCUUGGUGGGUAGGAGGAGGGUGAGGAUGGUGCCUGGGAGUUCCCAAGAGUAGGGAAGGGAUGAGAGGCCCCCAGGUACCCUUGUCCAGUGUGCUGCAAACCCGAGCUACCUCUGACACACUGUGUCAAUGGUAAUCGGUGCCCCGCAUCCACCUGGAAGCUGAGCAAGUCACCUCCGUGGAGCACAGUGACUUGCUAAGCCUGCUCCUGAGAUUGAAAAUAGGGAAAACCCAGCAACCAGACUUGAAAAAGUCUGACGGGGCUUCUGGUAGCUGGAGCAAGUUGGUGACUCCAUCUCUCAGGUGCCAUAACAAAGUCCAGUGAACCUGUGCUGAUGGCCAGAGUCACUUCUCAGUGCCCUUUGAUUCCUUAAAGUUCAGGUUUACCCUCUGUUAACCCUCACUGAGCCUGCACUUGGUUCCUGGCCAGCAGGCCAGAUCUGUAGUUUCCUGACUGACCUUAGUCCCUACUGACUCCUGCCCUGGAGGCCACCCUGCUCCCUGAUCUCCCAUAGCACCCCUCCCCCAAGGUUCUUGAGCCUUGGUCCUACAAUUUCUGCCAGGCCCUCCCACCUCCUAAGGAGGGACCAAGGCCUCCCACAUGGUUGUCCUUGGAGACGCAAUAGCUCUUCCCACAUGGGGCAGAGCCCACUUAGAUGGACUGCCUGAGCACGGUACCUAAGAAAUACCCAUGUCCUAAGCUUAUGUGGCAAGAGGACUUCACAGAUGAGACUAAGGAUGGUGAGGUGGGGACAUUAUCCAGCUGACCUGGGAGGGCCCCAAAUGCAACCAUGGUUACCUUUCUAGGAGAACUGACAGAUUGACAGGCCACAUGAUCACAGAGGCAGAGUGGAGCUAACCUAGAGGAGGAUCCUCCCCUAGAGCAGCACCCAUGGCCAUGCUGAUUCCAGGCCUCCAGAACGGUGAGAGGAUCAAUUCCUAUUGUCUUAAGCCACUGAAUCUGUGACUUGUUGCCGUAGCCUCAGGACAUGAACACGCAUGGGAAGGCCAAGGGGUCUGAAAUGACUGGACCAAGGUGUGGCCUUGUGACCGCUUCACUGAAGGUCCCUGAGGCUUAAGCCUCUCAUCUGUUUCAGAAAGCUCCCUGCUGCCUGGCCCUGCAGUCCCCACCCUUACCCAGUGACGCUGUCAUGCCAUGGCCUGCACCCCCAUUCACAGCCCUGCUCAAGCACCCCCCCAUUCACAGCCCUGCUCCUGCUCAGCUGCCAGCCUGCCGCCUGUCACGGCUGAUGAAUUGGGAGGAACUGGGGUGCCCUGAAGGUCCUGGGCCAGAGUGGUGGGGCUCCGCUGGCAACGUGCAGCUGUGUUCCUGGCUUUGGCCUUGGCUCCAAGGUGACCUCCAGGAUCCUAGAUGUGAGGCAGACAGUGGGUGAGUGCAGCCCUGCCCUCCAGCACACACCUGUGCCCAUCCCUGGUGGGGAAGAUACUGGAUGGGCAAAGGACAUUUACUAGACACUUUACAGCCAAGUGCAAACAUCAUUAUCAGCUGCUGUGUUCACCCCAUGAUGGAGCCGGUCUGUCAAGGGCCACACAGGUGGUGCCAUUGUUCUGCUCAGGUGCAGGUGCACGCGUGCCCUGGGGGCGGUCUCCCUGCCUGAACCCUUAAAACCCUGGCUGGGACCAGCAGUGUCUGGACAGAGGAGGAGCCCUGGCAGAUCUGCAAGUCCUUGCUGUGUUGUUUCUUCCAAGAGCUCCCUCUGGAAAUUAACUUUUUCUUAAAGCAGCAAAAGGAGAAAAUUAUCAUCAAAGAAUAUUCCAAAUUCUUAGCAGAAAUCCUAUCAUCUCUGCAGACAUCACCUUGGGUUCUCCCAGGAUGAGGGGCACAAGGCCCAUAAUAGUGCUGCUUGCCCUGGCCAGCCUGCAGCACGUAGUCACAUCUCUGAGAAUUGCAGCCUUCAACAUACGGAGUUUUGGGGAGACCAAGAUGUCCAAUGCAACCCUCUCUAGCUACAUUGUGCAGAUCCUGAGUCGCUACGACAUUGCUCUUGUCCAGGAGGUCAGAGACACCUACCUGACAGCUGUGGGGAAACUGCUGGAUGAACUUAAUCGAGAUGCACCGGACAAUUACCACUACGUGGUCAGCGAGCCACUGGGACGCAGUAGCUAUAAGGAGCAGUACCUUUUCGUGUACAGGCCUGACCAAGUGUCCGUGUUGGACAGCUACUACUACGACGACGGCUGUGAGCCCUGUGGGAAUGACACCUUCAGUCGAGAACCAGCCAUUGUCAAGUUCUUCUCCCCAUAUACACAUGUCAGGGAGUUUGCCAUCGUGCCCCUGCAUGCUGCCCCAGCCGACGCAGUGACGGAGAUUGAUGCUCUCUAUGACGUCUACCUGGAUGUCCGGCAGAAGUGGGGCCUGGAGGACAUCAUGUUGAUGGGUGAUUUUAAUGCUGGCUGCAGCUAUGUGACCCCCUCCCAGUGGUCCUCCAUCCGUCUGCGUACAGACCCUGCCUUCCAGUGGCUCAUUCCCGACACUGCAGACACCACAGUCACAUCCACACACUGUGCCUACGACAGGAUUGUGGUCUCUGGAGCUCUCCUCCAAGCUGCCAUUGUUCCCGACUCGGCUGUCCCUUAUGACUUCCAAGUGGCCUACGGCCUGGGCAACAAGCUCGCUGAAGCCAUCAGUGACCACUACCCAGUGGAGGUGACGCUGAGGAGAGCCUGAUGCCAGUGAGUAGCAUGGCUGUGCAGCUUCCAGCCAAGGAGGCUACCUCACUGGACAUCUCAAAGCCUAGACAGCCCAAAGGUGGAUUAAGAAAUACUUUAAUGGAGGUAAAUAAAGCUCAAGAAGGUGGUGGUC